GCCACCUUUUCCCGGGGUCUCUCUGCGCUGGGGAGCCCGGCUCCAGGCAGGCGCUGGCCGGGGCUGAGGAUUCGGCCUCCUAGCGGCAGCAGCGACACCUCCCGCCGCAGCCCAGCUGCACCGCAGGGACCUGCCCGCGGGGGAGGAGGCAGCGGCACAAACUGACGUGUCUCCGUCAUGGAGCUGAGCGUGAUUCAUCAACAGCAGCUGCAGCAGCAGCGCGCCCGGGGCAGGAUGCUGCGCACCGUCCCCGCUUAGAGCCGGGCAAGAGGCGACACCCGCUCUGCCGUCUGCAGCCGCCUCUCCUUGCCGCGGAGCGCAGGGCCCCUCGGGGAGCCAAGAUGGAAGAAAUCCUGAGGAAGCUGCAGAAGGAAGCGUCGGGGAACAAACACAAAGCGAUCAAGGAGAGCUGCGGCUGGGCCAUUGAAACUUUGGAAUCUUCUGAUGCUGCUGCUACCAAGAUCCCUCCAUAUCAGCUGAGGGAGAAGUGUCUCCUCCCACUGCAGCUGGCUUUGGAGUCAAAGAACGUGAAGUUGGCCCAACAUGCUCUAGCAGGGAUGCAGAAGUUGCUGUCUGAUGAGAGAUUUGUAUCCGUGGAAACAGGCUCAGAUGAGAAGCAGCUACUAAAUCAGAUGCUGAAUGCCGUCAAAGUGACUCCUUCCCUGAACGAAGACCUGCAGGUAGAAGUGAUGAAGGUUUUGCUCUGUAUCACGUACUCCUCCACAUUUGACCUGAAUGGAAGUUCAGUGCUAAAGAUUGCUGAGGUUUGCAUUGAGACAUAUGUAUCUAGCUGUCAUCAGCGGAGUAUUAACACCGCUGUGCGGGCAACCCUCAGCCAAAUGUUGAGUGACUUGACUUUACAGUUACGACAAAAGCAAGAGAAUACGACAACUGAAAAACAUGAAGCCUUGCAAGAGUUCAAGAGCCAAGGUUCUACAGUAGAGUCCCUUUGCGAUGAUGUUGUGUCUGUCCUCACUGUGCUCUGUGAGAAGCUUCAGGCUGUCAUAAAUGAAAAUCAGCAACUGCAGCUUCUCUACCUGGAAUGUAUUCUCUCAAUGCUAAAUAGUUCCUCUCCCAGCAUGCACAAUCACAGAGGAUUCACUGACCUUAUUUGGAAGCAAUUGUGUCCAGCCCUUGUAGUAAUCCUGGGAAAUCCAAUCCAUGACAAAACAAUCACCUCUGCCCACAGUAGCAUCUGUCUCGAGGCCGAUUCGCCCUCUUCAGGGGUCGCUGAUCAUGGCCGAGGGUCAGGUUGCUCCUCCACAGCACCUGCCCUCAGUGGCCCCGUUGCUCGGACCAUAUAUUACAUUGCUGCAGAACUGGUUCGAUUGGUGGGGUCAGUAGAAUCCAUGAAACCUGUGCUCCAGUCACUCUAUCACCGGAUGCUGCUGUAUCCCCCACCCCAGCACCGAGUGGAAGCCAUCAAGAUCAUGAAAGAGAUACUAGGUAGCCCACGACGGCUCUGUGAUUUGGCAGGACCCUGCUCCUCUGAACCAGAAUCCAGAAAGAGGUCAAUCUCGAAAAGGAAGUCCCAUCUGGAUCUUCUCAAACUUAUCAUGGAUGGGAUGACUGAAGCUUGCAUAAAAGGUGGUAUUGAAGCAUGUUAUGCCUCCGUUUCUUGUGUCUGUGCCCUGCUCGGGGCAUUAGAUGAACUAAGCCAAGGGAAAGGCCUUAAUGAGGAACAGGUCCACCUGCUACUCCGACGCCUGGAAGAAUUGAAAGAUGGGGCUGAGACAAGCCGAGACUCCAUGGAGAUCAACGAUGCUGACUUUAGGUGGCAAAGGCGCAUCCUGUCAUCGGAACAUACCCCCUGGGAAUCGAGAAAUGAGAAGAGUCCUGACAUUAGCAUUAGUGUUACCACAGAUACUGGUCAAACUACUUUGGAGGGAGAUAUGGGGCAGACUACGCCAGAGGAUAAUCCCGAAGAUCAAAAAAACUCUCUGCAGUCUCCAGCUGGCCAAGACUUUAAAGAGAUUGGGUGUAAAGAGCCAGAAUCAGAAACAAUAGAGCAGCCAGAUGUGGUUCAAAGGAGUCACACCAUCGUUUAUCCAGAUAUAACUAACUUCCUGUCGGUUGACUGCAGGACACGGUCCUAUGGAUCCAGAUAUAGUGAAAGUAACUUCAGCGUUGAUGACCAAGAUCUUUCUAGGACUGAAUUUGACUCAUGUGAUCAAUAUUCCAUGGCAGCAGAGAAAGACUCUGGGAGGUCAGAUGUCUCAGACAUAGGGUCUGAUAACUGUUCCCUGGCUGAAGAAGAGCAGACCCCAAGGGACUGUCCAGGUCAUAAGUCUUCAUGUACAGCUGCUCUCUCUUUGAAAUUACUGAAGAACCAAGAAGCAGACCAGCACAGUGCCCAGCUGUUUGUCCAGUCCCUUGAAGCGCUUCUUCCUCGGCUUAUAACACUCCAUAGUGUAGAGGAGGUGGAUUCAGCACUCCAGAAUUUUUCCUCGACCUUCUGCUCAGUUAUUCACCUUAUCCACGUCCCCAAAGUGACGUCAAUGGAAAGUCCAAGGAGGCAGCAGCACAGAACUUUCAAACCCUCACGAGAUAUGAUGUUCUCACCAGGAUUUGAGGGGAACCCCAAUUUCAGCUUCCAGACUCUGAUGAAUGCAGACAGUAUCUACAUGGUCUCACACUACACCCUUCUUCUCAACCUGAAGUUAUCCAACUCUGACUACUACAGGAAGAAACCUGCCCAAGUACCUGUGUUGCUGAAGGAGUUUAUGAAGCAGGUUCAGGCCAGUGGAGUACUGAUGGUAUUCUCUCAAGCGUGGGUUGAGGAGCUCUACCAUCAGGUACUGGAAAGGAACAUCCUGGGAGAGGCUGGUUACUGGGGAAACCCUGAGGAGUACUGUCUUCCGCUCAUCACCAUGUUGACUGACAUUGAUGGCUUGGGGAGCAGUGCUAUAGGUGGGCAGCUGAUGGCAUCUGCAUCAACACAAUCUCCUCUCACCCAGAACCAGAAGACCGAUGAUUCUGUUGUGGCAGGUGUUGCUUUUGCCCGAUACCUUCUGAUCGGUUGCUGGAAGAAUUUGAUUGAUACCUUAUCCACACCUUUGACUGGUCGAAUGGCAGGAAGCUCCAAAGGGUUAGCAUUCAUCCUGGGAGCUGAAGGAGUCAAGGAGCAGAACCAGAAGGAGAGAGAUUCCAUUUGUAUGAGCCUGGAUGGACUGAGGAAGGCAGCCCGGCUGAGCUGUGCUCUAGGGGUUGCUGCUAAUUGUGCAUCUGCCCUUGCCCAAAUGGCUGCUGCCUCCUGUGUUCAAGAAGAGAAGGAGGAAAGAGACGCCCAAGAGCCCAGUGAUGCUAUAACUCAAGUGAAACAGAAGAUGGAGCAGAAGCUGGAACAGAUGGGGAAAGUGCAGGGAGUCUGCCUGCACCCUGCUCAUGUUUUGUGCAUGGACGCCAUCCUCAGUGUGGGCCUGGAAAUGGGAAGUCACAAUCAAGACUGUUGGCCACAUGUGUUCAGGGUGUGUGAAUACAUCAGCACUCUGGAGCACACCCAUUUCAGCGAUGGCGCAUCUCAGCCCCCUCUCACUAUAACCCAAUCACAGCAGGCCACAGGAGGGUUGCAGGUGGAUUAUCCAUCUACAAACUCUCUCCAGGAACUGACCCCUGAGCAGGAGACCACCCUGAGCAACAAUCCUGUCAUCCAGCCCGUCUCCAUCCAGGACCUCAUCAAGGAGGGUAGCAAGGGCAGAUCUUUCGACUUUCGUGGAGGCAGCCUGCUAAGUGGAAGCAAUGCCGCCAAGGCUGUCCUCAUCCUCUCCACACAGGCUGACAGGCUAUUUGAAGAUGCUGCUCACAAGCUAAACCUGAUGGCACUGGGUGGCUUCCUAUACCAGCUCAAAAAAGCUUCUCAGUCCCAGCUCUUCUACUCAGUCACAGAUACAGUUGAUUACUCCUUAGCAAUGCCAGGUGAAGUAAAGUCUACCCAGGACAGGAGAAGCGCACUCCAUUUGUUUCGUCUUGGAGAUGCCAUGCUCAGGAUUGUACGGAGUAAAUCCCGUCCAUUGCUCCAUCUCAUGCGCUGCUGGAGCCUGGUGGCACCUCAUCUUGUAGAGGCUGCCUGUCAUAAGGAGAGACAUGUUUCUCGGAAGGCUGUCUCCUUCAUCCAUGACAUCCUCACUGAGGUGCUGACAGACUGGAAUGAGCCCCCUCAUUUUCACUUCAGUGAGGCGCUGUUCCGCCCCUUUGAGCGCAUCAUGCAGCUGGAGCUGUGUGAUGAGGAUGUCCAGGACCAGGUGAUCACGUCUAUAGGAGAACUGGUGGAGGUGUGUUCCAUUCAGAUCCAGUCCGGGUGGAGGCCCUUGUUCAGUGCACUGGAAACAGUGCACAGCAGUAGCAAGUCAGAGCUUAAGGAGUACCUCGUUGGAGAGUAUUCUAUGGGGAAAUGCCAGGCUCCAGUUUUUGAUGUUUUUGAAGCAUUUCUCAACAUAGACAACAUCCAGGUCUUUGCCAAUGCCGCCACUAGUUACAUUAUGUGCCUUAUGAAGUUUGUCAAAGGACUUGGAGAAGUGGAUUGUAAGGAGAUUGGUGAUUGUGUGUCAGGAUCUGUGUCUACAGACUUGUGCCUUCCUGCUCUUGAUUACCUCAGGAGGUGUUCUCAGUUGCUAGCCAAAAUCUACAAAAUGCCCUUGAAGCCAAUUUUCCUCAGUGGCCGGCUGGCCAACUUGCCCCGAAGAGUGCAGGAGCAAUCAGCCAGCAGUGAGGAUGGGAUUGAGUGUGUCCUUUCUGACUUUGAGGAUGACUCUGGCCUUAUCAAUGUCUGGAUCAUUCUACUGGAAGAAUUAACUACUGCUAUAUCCAACUGUCCCCGCCAGCACCAGCCACCCACCCUGGAUUUACUCUUUGAGCUGCUGAGAGAUGUUGCCAAAAUUCCUGGCCCAGGAUUUGGCAUUUAUGCAGUUGUACAUCUUCUACUCCCCACAAUGUCCCUCUGGCUCCAUCGUAGCCAUGGUGACCAUUCUUACUGGGAUGUGGCAUCUGCUAAUUUCAAGCAUGCCAUUGGCCUUUCCUGUGAACUGGUAGUGGAACACAUUCAAAGUUUCAUUCAUUCAGACAUUGGCUACGAGAAUAUGAUUAAUACAAUGCUAAAAGAUCUCUUCAAGUUGUUGGUAGCCUGUGUGGCAGAGCCUACAGAAACAAUCUCCAGAGUUGGCUGCUCAUGCAUCAGGUAUGUCCUCGUGACAGCAGGGCCUGUUUUUACUGAAGAGAUGUGGAGGCUUGCAUGCUGUGCAUUACAGGACGCGUUCUCUGCGACUCUUGAGCCAGUAAAGAACCUAUUGGGCUAUUUCCACAGUGGUUCUGAAAGCUUUAGUGGCGAUGCCUGUGAAGUGAAGGUGGCAGCCCCAUCUCUCUCUCCCAGUGCUGAAGCUGAGUACUGGAGAAUCCGAGCCAUGGCACAACAGGUUUUCAUGUUAGACACCCAGUGCUCACCAAAGACCCCCAACAACAAGGAAGGAUUUGAACAUGCUCAGUCCUGUGUGCUUAUCAUCGAGCUGCCUGCUGACAAGAAACACAAUGGGCAUACCCAGAAAAGGAAACUGGGUAUCCCUUUCAGGACAAUAGUGGUGAGUCUGUUGUCCCAUCAAGUGCUGCUCCAGAAUUUAUAUGAUAUCUUGCUGGAAGAGUUUGUGAAGGGCCCUUCUCAUGUGGAAGAGAAGACAAUACAAGUGCCAGGAACCAAACUGGCUGGUUUCCUCAGGUAUAUUUCCAUGCAGAAUUUGGCUGUCAUCUUUGACUUACUGCUGGAUUCUUAUCGGACAGCCAGAGAGUUUGACACAAGACCUGGGUUGAAGUGUUUGCUGAAAAAAGUAUCUGGCAUUUGUGGAGCUGCCAACUUAUAUCGUCAGUCAGCUAUGAGCUUCAAUAUUUACUUCCAUGCCUUGGUUUGUGCUAUACUGACAAACCAGGAGAACAUCACCGCAGAGCAGGUGAAGAAGAUCCUAUUUGAGGAUGAUGAAAGAAGCACAGAUUCCUCCCAGCAGUGCUCUUCAGAAGAUGAAGAUAUUUUUGAAGAAACUGCCCAAGUCAGCCCCCCCAGGGGGAAGGAGAAGAGACAGUGGAGGGCUAGAAUACCAUCUUUGAGUGUUCAGCCAGUGAGCAAUGCAGACUGGGCUUGGUUAAUCAAAAGGCUUCACAAGCUAUGCAUGGAGCUCUGUAAUAACUAUAUCCAAAUGCAUCUGGAUUUGGAGAAUAAUGUGGAGGAACCUCCAGUUUUCAAAGGUGACCCUUUUUUCAUCCUACCAUCCUUUCAAUCUGAAACCUCCACCCCAUCAACCGGAGGGCAGUCUGGAAAAGAUACACCCUCAGAAGAUGACAGAAGUCAAAGUAGGGACCACUUGAUAGACAAUCUAACGCCCAAGGGAGGGAGCGGAGAAAUGCUGCUGCUACCACCAUUGAGCCCUAAAAUGGAGAAAAAGGACCAAGCCAGGAAAAAAGAAUGGUGGGAGAGUGCUGGCAACAAAAUCUACACCAUAGCCACUGAUAAAACUAUCUCCAAACUCAUGACGGAGUAUAAGAAAAGGAAGCAGCAACAAAAUUUAACCUCUUUCACCAAAGACGUCAAAGUGGAAAAGAAGGGAGAGUUGUUGGGCUCAAGAGGGCAGGAUUCACCACUCCCCCAGCGACCGCAACAUCUGGUGGACCAGGGCCAAAUGAGACAUUCCUUCAGUGCUGGCCCAGAGAUCUUGAGGCAGGAGAAGAGGCCACGCUCAGGAUCUACAGUCAGCUCCCUGAAUAUAUCUGUGAGAGAUGCAGAGGCACAAAUACAGGCAUGGACCAACAUGGUGCUGACAGUUCUCAACCAGAUUCAGACCCUGCCUGACCAAACAUUCACCGCUCUCCAGCCAGCUGUGUUUCCCUGCAUCAGUCAGCUGACUUGUCAUGUGACCGAUAUCCGUGUCCGUCAGGCUGUGAGAGAAUGGCUCGGAAGAGUGGGAAGGAUCUAUGAUAUCAUUGUAUAAAGGAAACAUGUUUAUUAGCAAGGGGAGAAGGAAUCAAAGGCUUUUACAGGUAUACAAACAUAAUACUGUUACUGAAAGUAACUGGUACAGAGCUACACCUGCAAUGCCUAUCUGUGGUGAUAAAUUCUGAAACAGCAAGCUCUCCAACAUGUCCUCUACCCACUUAAGAUUGUAUGUUUGUCAGUCUCACCCCAACAAAGGAAGCGCUACACUUCACAUUAAGUAGCAUGACAUAACACCAAGAGAUGAAUCUGAAAAUUGCUGGUAAAUCAGGCUGGUACAUAAAGGCUUAGUACAUUCCAUAGUGGGUAUUUUCAUCUGUGAAAGUUAGAUUGUGUAUGAAUGCACUUCUGCAGUGAGGAAAGGAGAAUAAAGUCAAAAUUUUCCUGGCUGCAGUUGGGAUGAAAGCAACUGUGUUCACCUAAUAUGGGUCUCUCAGAUGAUACCUAUAAUUCACAAGAUCUAGGACCAAAGUUAUCAGCUUAGCUUUACCUGGCCUCCAUUUUUUGAACAUGUAAUACUAUGGACUCCACUAAUUGAAGGUUCAGAGGAUUCAGUAAUUGGUGAAUACUGCUCUCACUUGUACUUAGACAUCUAAGAUUUGAUUGUGCUUCAAAACGCAGCAUGUAGACAACUGGAUCAUCUGACUCACACACCUAGAUAACAAUAAUUGUGAGAAAAAAGCUGAGGGCAUAACAAGUGAAGAUGGGGGUGUUGUUUACAGUACCUUUUAAAUUUUCCACAUGAAACUAAAACGCAUCUGGAAAAAGUCACCAUAAAGGUCACCAAAAAAAAAAAAUUGACCUCGCUGCUUAGUAGUCAUUAAAAUGUACAUUCUAGGCAGAGGCUUUAAGCCUGGGGUGUUGCAUAGCUGCUUUCCAUUGCACCUCAGGAAGAUCCUGGCUGUAAACCAGUCACAGGAGAGGCCCCUGUGUAGCAUAGAAGUAGGUCCUUGCUGCUAACAUAUGGGGUAUGGCCAGGGUUCCUCUUCAUCCCACGAUCGGCCACAUAAACAACAAAACCCUCUCUGCUAAUCCACAUUUCAGAUACUAUUACAUGCAUAACUCUCACUGUGGAAGUUCUUCUGUGAAGCUAGUGAAGAAUAUGCAUUAGUGAGCUAAAUUGCAGCCUGGCCAAGAGAAUUGUGGCAAACACCUAGUAUUUAACCAAACAUGAUAGAAAUCUACUAUACAUUGGAGUCCUAUGCAUAGAAUUGGCUUUAUGUUUUCACAGGGGAAGGUAUUCUCAGGUGUACAGCCUGUCUGCUGUAGCUUGCUGGGAUCCCCACCAUUUGCAGCUAUAUUUACCCCCACUGGUUCAUAGGAGUCAGACUGGACAAGAGCUGGCAGUGCUACUCUUCAGUUGGCCAGAAGAGGCCUGUGGUGGACUGAGUUCCCUGCUCCCUCAUGCUCCCUGCUGAUGCAGAGUUGACUAGCACACAGUCUGUGUGUGUACUGGUAUAAAAACAAACACAACCAAAAUCUUCAUUUCAAAAGAUGAACCUCAGCCAACAAGAAAAUGCUCAUUCUGCAAGGAAUUCCAUGCGAGCGGAACACCAUGUGGGUGCAGGGUUUCUCCUGUGCUGAUCUCGUUACAGGAUUGGGGCCUAAGUUUCUGAUAGAAUCUCGGUGCUUUAGCAUAUUCUGGGGGGAGAAAAGACUGCAAACAGACAGGAUAGUGCCAGUAAGUUUGAAUUGCUGGCUGAUCAAUAACCAGGUUAGGUGUAAUGGAGGGUCAUCUCUGUGUGUGGACUCUUAAGACAGUCCCUCUGCCAGAUGGACAAUGUCCAUCUGGUGCUCUCUUAGUAAGUAGAUUGAUCAUACUUUUGAUUGUUCCUCUAUUGUACUUAAAUCUCUAUAAAUCUAUAUGUAAAAUUGUUAAAAUGUACCUCUAUACCUUAAACCUUUCUGGGUAUGUAUGUCUAUACAGCCCAUGGCAGCAAGUCUCAGAGCCCAGUGUGACACUCAGGCUAUGCUAUGGUGCUAAAAACAACCACGUAGACAGUGUAACUCAGGCUUUGAACCUCCCUCCCUUCUUUAGGCUUCAGAGCCCAAGCAGCUACACAUCAAGUUAGUGCUGUAGCAUGAGCUGGGCUGUUUAGCUCUCUAGUGUAUAUUCGUGGUGUAUCAUCUGUUGCCACAAGAGUUUUACCCAUUCACACCAGACCUGAAAUGAGCCCAUACAUACAUUGUAUUUAGGGUUGCCAACCCUCCAGGAUUGGCCUGGAGUCUCCCAGAAUCUACAUAAAUUUCUCAGUGACUAUUGAAAGCAAUCCAGGAGCUUUUAAUGGGCUAAUUUAAGAAAAUGAAAUUACAUCAUGUUGGGGGAGGUAGAUGGGGGAAUCUCCAAUCAGCAUUGGCAACCCUAGUUAUAUUGCUUAUAUGUGCAUUUCACAGCUGUCUAAAAGGCACAUCUAACUGCCAAAAAAAGUUGAUUGGGUUUAUCUGAUAUUUGUUAAAUUUUGUGCACACACCUUUACUACAGCUGAGUUAAUACAUUCUGUGGUGUCAGCUCUCACAGACCAGUCUGGAGCAUGUGGGGUUUUUUCCUUCCCUUGACAGCAUAGGGGGAAAUUAAGGCCAAAAUAUAUGAUUAAGUUAAAUUAGAGAUCUGAAAUUAACAGAAGAAAAGAACUUAAAAUCAACUGCAUGAGCCAUGUGAGAAUUGCAGCAUAUUCUGUACAACUAGACUCAAUGGCAGCUGAGUCUGUGCCAUCCCCCUGCCCUGUUCCAACCUGGCUGCAAUAUGUGGGCACAGUGGCAGCAUCCAUACAGAUACAAUCUUAGGGCAAUGUUCUUUCCUCUGAACUAGUUCCUGUGCAUUGCUCAGGCAGCAUGAAGGAGGCGAAUGUGACCAUUGCUUGCUAGCUGUGCAUUCCUUGACAGAGGAUCUCUAAGCUUGCAUGAAAUGAGAACAAGUGCCUUCUGCUCCAGCCACCCUCCCCACCCCACUAUUGGGUUUAUUUUGGCAGGGAUAGAGGACAGUUAUCGGCUGGCAUGUGGUUCCGCAGCAUCCUCUUGCCUCACACUGGGGGAGAUGGGCACACAUAGGAAGCUGUAACUGACUCCUUCACUCCCACCAUCCCCAUGACUACAGUAGGGCAGGAAAUGGUUUGCCCACCUCCUGAGAAUUUGAGCUUUUAAAAAAGUCUAAACUCAAAACUUUUCACUAACCAAAAAAAGGACCCAUUUUUGCUUUGACUUCAGCAUGGUUGGCUGGUUUGUUCUAUAAAUUGACUGUUUAAAAAUUCAAGUUAUUCAGACCUGAAAAAUUGAACUUUGUUUUUAAAAAAAGGUCUCAAACAUUUUUGACACACAAAAUUAUUUUCCCACAAACACUUUUGGCCUUAAUCUCAAUGAAUGGGCAUUUUUGUAUGAAAAAAUGUUUAAUUGAAAAAAUUCCUGACCAGCCCUAGCCGCUACUCACCUGCAAAGUCUUGCUCUCGUACUAUGAGCAGGAGAGAGAGGAGUCCUUCAUUUUUGACUGUGAAGCCAAACUCCUGCAUCUAAUUGGCUACAUCACUGCUUUUCUUAAGUUUUUUUUUCCUUUUUUUUUAAUUUAAAGCAACAAUAUAAAGUGCCCACUCUCCCCACCGCUGCCUAAGAUUUUAAGGGGACAUUAACAAAUGUGUGUACAAUAUUGCUGGCAUUUUAAAAAAAAUUAAAAUUAGGGAAAUUUUUUUCUUGCAACUAAUGUUUAAGUGCAAAAGGGUAUGUCUAUCCCACUAUGACAGUCUGGGGCUGU